AUGACCUCAAAUGUCGUCAAAGCAGCUUCUCCAUUGGCUAGCGCUGUGACAGGUGCGAUGGAGCUGUCUGUGGCUCAGUGGCUUCUCGUUGUCUGUCUGGUGGCUUUCCCUCUCCUCUACGAAUGGAGUAUUUCCUUCAAGUACUUCUGCAAAAUGGCUUUCUAUAACGGCUGGAUCCUGACAUUAGCCAUACUGGCUAUCCCAAUAUGUGCCGUUAGGGGGCGCAAUGUGGAGAAUAUGAAGGUGCUGCGAUUCAUGCUCCUGCAUAUUAAAUAUCUCUACGGGAUAAAGAUCGAGGUCCGAGGCUGGGAUAACUUCAACAUUAAGGAGCCGUAUGUGGUUGUGUCAAAUCAUCAGAGUUCUCUGGAUUUGCUGGGAAUGAUGGAAAUCUUGCCGGGUCGCUGUGUACCCAUCGCCAAACGUGAGCUGAUGUAUGCUGGCACUGCUGGUCUGGCAUGCUGGUUGGCUGGAGUAAUUUUCAUCAACCGUAAAAAGACGGACGAUGCCAUCAGCGUGAUGACGGAAGCGGCGGAGACCAUGCUAAAGGAGGACGUACGCGUGUGGGUAUUCCCAGAAGGUACCAGAAAUCACAGUGGUUCUCUCCUGCCAUUCAAACGAGGAGCCUUUCACCUGGCUGUGCAAGCUCAGGUCCCGGUUAUCCCCGUCAUCAUGUCUUCCUAUAAGGAUUUCUACAGUAAGAAAGACAAAAAAUUUACAACAGGGAAAUGUACAGUGCAGAUCCUCCCGGGUGUAUCCACCAAAGGCCUGUGUGCUGAUGACGUCCCUGGUCUUGCCGACAAAGUCAGAGGGUUGAUGCUUGAGACUUUUACUGAAAUCUCAAAUGAGCGUCCAGGAAAAGAACCUGGUGGUGGACACUGA